CUGUAGCACUCCGAAACUCCUAGCAGGCGCCCGAGGGCUGGAUGCGAGCUUGAUGGACGGCUGCGCGCUGCCCCGACUCAUGCCCGCCUCGCCUGGAGUCGCUGGAACCUGCGCUGCUCGGCGGAGACCCACAUCCCCGGAACUGCUGCGCUGCAGCCGCAGGCGGCGAUCUGGCACAACCGAGGCUGGGGGCGGCUCGGCGGCCGUGGCACGCCGCAACGAGCGCGAACGCAACCGCGUGAAGCUGGUAAACUUGGGCUUCCAGGCGCUGCGGCAGCACGUGCCACACGGCGGCGCCAGCAAGAAGCUGAGUAAAGUGGAGACGCUGCGCUCCGCCGUAGAAUAUAUUCGUGCGCUGCAGCGGCUGCUUGCAGAGCACGACGCGGUGCGCGCCGCGCUUGCCGGAGGGCUGCUAACACCGGCCACUCGGCCCUCGGCCGCCCACCGCCGGGGCAGCUCGGAGCCUGGCUCCCCGCGCUCCGCCUACUCGUCGGAGGACAGUGGCUGCGAGGGAGAGCUGAGUCCCGUGGAGCGCGAGCUGCUUGACUUUUCCAGCUGGUUAGGGGGCUACUGAGCACCCAACCCCUCUAAGCCACAUCUCUGAUUGUCUCCUGGUGGACAGACCCGCAGUUACUUGCCCACGAAGCCUGGAGCGAUGCCUUGCCCAUGCUGUAUGGUGCAGCUUGACCAAAAGCCAAGUGCUGACCUCUGCUCGGCCUCCACCCCUCGGAAUGACACCUUCUCCCAGUCUGUGUAGCACUAGGACUUGGAGAUUUCUCAGGAGAGGAUUUUACAAUGACAAUCUAUUUUUUACGAAUUAACUUGAACUGCUGGAGGGACUCUACUGAAAAUAUGAAGACUUAUUUUUGUACAAAGGAUCCUUAGGCUUGGAGCACAAUAAAGAUUGUCUCUGCCCCUCACCCCCACUGUCUAGAACUUUCC